AUGGCGGCGGUUCUGCGCGGUCGGGCGUCUGUGCGCCUGCGGCUCCUCCUCUCAACGCUGGAAGCCCGGGCCGUCCCCGCGUCCGCUCUCGGCACCUCGGUGACCUCGGCCAAAGUGGAUGUGAAUGGUGUUCACCUGCACUAUCUGCGGGCUGGAGAGGGGGACCACGCAGUCCUGCUGCUCCCUGGGAUGUUAGGAAGUGGAAAAACUGACUUUGAACCCCAGAUUCAAAGCCUGAAUAAGAAGCGCUUCACAGUAGUGGCCUGGGAUCCUCGAGGGUAUGGACAUUCCAGACCCCCAAAUCGAGAUUUCCCCGUGGACUUCUUUGAAAGGGAUGCAAAAGAUGCUGUUGAUUUGAUGAAGACACUGAAGUUCCCGAAAGUCUCUCUGCUUGGAUGGAGCGACGGUGGAAUAACAGCUCUCAUCGCAGCUGCAAAAUACCCUUCUUACAUCAACAAGAUGGUGAUCUGGGGGGCCAAUGCAUACGUCACCGAUGAGGAUGAGGCAAUUUACCACGGGAUCCAAGAUGUUUCCAAAUGGAGCAAGAGAACCAGAGAACCCCUGGAAGCUCUAUAUGGCUAUGACUACUUUGCUCAAACCUGUGAGAAGUGGGUGAAUGGCAUUCUGCAAUUCAAACAUCUUCCAGACGGUAACAUCUGUCGACAUCUGCUGCCCCACGUUCAGUGCCCCACCUUAAUCGUGCAUGGGGAGAAGGAUGUUCUGGUCCCGGGGUUCCAUGCAGACUUCAUCCACAGACACGUGAAAGGGUCACGCUUGCAUCUGAUGCCAGAAGGAAAGCACAAUCUUCAUUUACGUUUUGCAAAUGAAUUCAAUGCCUUAGUGGAAGACUUCCUACAGUGA